GAGUGAUCUGAUGCGGACUACACCCAGCCGCGGCGCCGCCUCACUGCUCUUUUGCUGCCCCAGCCUUCGCGUUGUCUAACGUUGAAGAGUGGGCUCGAUUGGAGACUCUAAAUUGUUUGUAGGCUGUUCCUCUUCCGUCCUUCGUCUCUUUUUGGUAACCUCGCCUCCAGCGCGUUAGUGUGUUUUUUAAAUAUAGCUUCAAAUUCUUGAGUAUGUCUUGGCAAAGCUACGUGGAAAACCUGAUGGCCGAUGGCAGCUGUCAGGAUAGCGCCAUUGUUGGUUAUACGGACGCCAAAUAUGUUUGGGCAGCGCAUCCCGGUGGUACGUUCAACAAUAUCACGUCUCAGGAAAUUGAUGUCCUUGUGGGAAAGGACAGGGAGACUUUUUACACCAAUGGUCUCACUCUGGGGUCAAAGAAAUGCUCUGUCCUCCGAGACAGCCUCCAUUAUGAUGGGGACUGGACAAUGGACAUCAGGACAAAGAGCCAGGGAGGAGAACCAACAUACAAUAUUUCUGUGGGAAGAGCUGGAAAAGCAUUGGUUUUAGUCAUGGGAAAGGAGGCGGUCCAUGGUGGAACUCUUAACAAGAAAGCACAUUCAAUGGCUGACUACCUGAGGAAGUCUGGAUACUAAACAACCUCGCCACCCAUUCAUCCCCCACCCCCACCCCACCCCACCAUCACCAUGUUGUGUUGACACUACGUCCAGGGUUGGAUGGCGUACAGUGUUGCUUCCUACCCUGUCUGCUUCCCUUUCCUGGAUUAACUACCCCCCCCACCCCCCUUCCCCUUUUAUAACCCUUUCCACACCAACAUCCUGCUUCUCAUGGUUUUGGCACUACGUUACGGCAUGUUCAUCUACCCAUGGAUGUUGGAGGAAAAUGCUAAUAAAAGUAUUAAUAAUCUGGACUUGUGCGAUCGGCUGGCUUGUGUAGGGGUACACGGCGCGGUGGUUGGUGUGGAAGGGAACCGUUUGGUGCAGCAUCUAAACCAUGCAUGCAUGCGUUAUCUUCAUUACCAACCCGUCCCACUGUUCUCGGCCCAGUGUUGUAGCCAAAACCAUCUGGAUCUGCAGAUCUCCAUUAAAGAGACAGACUUCCUCUCAUGUGUACUCAUCAGCCAGCCGCUGCUUCACCAUUCGUCGCAUCAUUUCGACAUCCUGCUUGAAUGGGGUGCGUUGGGCUGCUGAGUAUAGCAUCACUGAAGCUUGGUGACAUCUUUGAGUCUCGGUGGACAUUCCCUCUGACGGCCGAGGUGCACCAGUCAUCUCGUUUGUUCUUUUCUGUAAAUCACCACACUUGUACAUUUGCCCUCCCGCUUGGACCAAUUUCCAUUAGAAGAGGGUUACCAUAGUUGCGUCAGCUUUCUUAUGGAUAAUUGUUGGCAUCUGCUGUUGACUGUAACCCACUGAGAACUCCAGAUGACUGUAAAGUAUGUAACUGCUUCUUAGAGUUCAACACAAAUGUGUCAUCACGUUAUUUUGGGCUAACUCCAAGUUCAUCGUUACAAUGAAAAUGUCCUUUUAAACAGUAUGAAUGCAUUUUGACUGUAAACCGAGGCUGCUGGGCUCCAACACCUUGGGAUAAUUUGCCUUGUGCUCUAGUCAUGGAAGUGUAUUCACGAGUCGUCUUAGUAUGGUACUUACGACAUAUUUAAAACAAUGCUGUGUUCACUAAACAUUGAAAAUGGUGUCGGUUGGAAUAAGAACGUUUGUAAGUUGUCUUGUGAAAUUUUUCUGAGAAUAACCGUGUUUUCUGUGCCAUAAAUCUAUCUGUUAGGAGUUGGAUUUGUAUCUGCUGUCCCCGCAAGAAAUCACUCUGAAUGGCACUUUCGUAAGGGAUCUUUUGGCAUCUCAUCUCCAGGAUUUGUGAAAUAUGUCCAAAAUUAAAAAAAGGAAAAAGUUUGCAAUAUUCUGUCUUUUUUUGGGGGGUUGGGUUUGUUUACCUGAAGUUUCCAGAUGCCAUGAAUUGACGUUUUGUUAAAAGAAGGAACAAAUAAAGUUGAUCCAACCAGAAGCAAA